AUGUCCUUGUCAUUGUCGACGACAUCCGCAACGCAGUCGCUCCCAGUUGUGCUGAUUCAUGGCCUCGAUUCGUCCAAGGAAACCUGGGAUACUGUGCUACCCAAACUGCAGCAAAGAGAGGACUUUUCGGCCACUGCCAUGGAUUGUCGUGGCUGUGGACGUCAUCCCCUGCCAGAUCUGAUAGAUGAGGAAUUUUCCAUAGAAGCUCUGGUUCAAGAUGUUCAGGAUCAUUUAGAAGAAGUACAAGAGUGCAAAACCAACAACAACAAGUUGGUCUUGUUGGGUCAUUCCAUGGGGGCGCGAGUGGCAUUGGCAUUUGCUGCCACUUAUCCAGAAAGGGUGGCCUGUCUCAUUAUGGAAGAUAUGGAUAUUGGGCGACGAAGAAUCACCGAAGCACCUUUUGUGGUUCCGAAACCCAGCACGCCAUUUUCCAGAUCGUUUCCUACCAGAAAAGAUGCGAUGGAGGCACUCGUCCAAGCAGGGUACCCGCAAGAUCGCAUUGAUCGAUGGAUUCAAGAUGGGCGAAUCUUCCCCAACAAUAAGAACAAUUCUGGGUGGUGGUCCUCGGUCAACCCUGAUUUUCGGCGGCUUUGCUAUGACAAGGUGGUGGAUAAUGAUUCGGGAGUGGAGCAGUGUCAAAGUCUUGCAUCCAAUCCGUCUUCCUUUCCUAUUCAUGUCCUGGUGGGAGGACCAGACAAUACAAUAUGCCGACCAGAGAGCUUGCAAGAAAUGACAAGCAUUCUUGGACAGGACAGAGUGACCAUUCAUCAAUUUCCACCAGAAUCCACACAUAGCAUCCAUUCGUCGCAUCAGGAUGAAUACAUGGCCACAAUCAACGGAAUUUUGGAUACCGUUGCAAAAUAA